UGGUUUCCAGCAGGUGUCUUCUCCUUUCAUGUGGUUGACUGCUUAAGUUUUGGAUGCUAAUUUAGAUCAUUAUUUUUCCUUCAGGGAUACUCAUCGUUGGCUGUUGCAUUGGUCCUACCAGACUCAGGUUGUUUAGUUGCCUGUGAGAGAGGUACCAAGUCUCUUGAGAUUGCAAAGAAGUAUUAUGAGCUAGCUGGUGUUUCACACAAGGUAAUUCUAAAACAUGGACUAGCUGCAGAUGCCUUAAAAUCUAUGAUUCUGAAUGGUGAAGCUGGCAGGUGAAUGCACUAUGAUUUUGCGAUUGUUGAUGCUGAAAAGAAGAUGUAUCAAGAAUACUACGAAUUGCUAUUGCAACUGGUAAUACCCAUGAUUUUGAAAUUUCCAUUCCUUAAGUCACUUUUGACACACUAAACUGCCACUGGUUUUCAAAGAUGCCAGUUUUUGCAGGUUAGGGUGGGUGGAGUCAUUGUGAUUGACAAUGUCCUCUGGCAUGGAAAAGUUGCUGAUCCUAUGGUAAAUGAUGCAAAAACCAUUAGCAUUAGGAAUUUCAAUAAAAAUCUAAUGGAGGACAAGCGUGUUAGCAUCAGUAUGGUACCUAUUGGAGAUGGCAUGACAGUUUGGCAGAAAAAAUGAUCUCACACCAAAUGCUACAUGCCUCUUGAUCAUUGAGUUGUUCUGGCAUGCUCAUUGGAUUCACAAAUUAUCAGACAACUGAUAUCUCCAUCAAAACAAUCUCUGAAAGGCUGCUCAUCUCUCCAAACAAAAUAUAAAGUUGAUUUAGUUGGCAAAAGUUUGAUUGGCUUGUAAGUCCCUGAGUUUCUUCCAUCAUGAGCAUGCUGACGGCAUAUUUUGAUGUUAAUUCAGAAACUUGGAACACCAGCAACUGAUGUAACAAUAGCAUGUGAACAACCGGUUUGGCAAGUAUGACUUGGCAGCAGAGUCAACAAGCAAGUUAAUGUCUAUUAUUGUUGUCUUUGUUACAAUUAGCGUCUUUGAUGGUUUCUGACUUUCUGUCGUUGAGGGUUAUCAAUUUCUUCUGUCUUCAUUUCCAUUCGCUCUGAUCCCUAGUAUUGAUCAUUG